AUGUCUACUGAACUCGAAACGAUCUCAGAGAAUUCGUGUAUUGCUAAAAACAUUGGAGCUCUCCACCUAAAAUAUGGAGAAAGCGGUGCAUACGGGGAUUUUGAUACACAUUUUAUGCCAACACAAGAUGAAGUAGCGCCAAACGGCUUAUUAAGAAUCUACGAGUCCUACAGAAAACAGGCCAAAUAUCCAGAUUUUUUGCCAACUUGGGAUACCAAGGAAAAAUACCCACCUCUGAAAUUUCACAAGUAUGAAGAUCCUGCAUUAAGAGCAGAUCCCAAUUUUCCUAACCUCUUUCCUGAAAAUAAGAAACAUCUGAUCAAUACGAGAAAAGUCACGCCUAAAAUGGGUACCGAAAUAAGAGGAAUUCAACUUACUGAGCUUUCUGAUUCAGCAAAGGAUGAAUUAGCUCUAUUAGUUGCCCAGAGGGGAGUUGUGCUUUUGAGAAAUCAAAAUAUGGCGGAGAAAGGAGCUGCCUAUGCAGCAAAUUAUGGAAAACAUUUUGGCCAACUACACAUUCAUCCUACUAGUGGUCAUCCGGAGCAUAUCCCUGAAUUACAUAUUACUUUUCGGAGACCGGAUCAUGAUGAAUUUGACAGAGUUUUUUACGACUCGAACUCUUCAAUAUUUUGGCAUACUGAUGUAUCCUAUGAAUUACAACCACCAUCAUACACCUUUUUUAAUGUCCUUGAAGGUCCUGAUGGCGGUGGUGACACGUUAUUCGGAGAUUCAAUUGAAGCUUUCGACAGGCUAUCGAAGCCUUUUCAAGAUUUUUUGAGUACGCUACAUGUCACCCAUAGCUCCAAAGAACAAGCUAACGAUUCAAAAAUACAAGGAGGUAUCCAACGAAGGGAUCCAGUGACAAAUAUCCAUCCACUGGUUAGAGUUCAUCCAGUGCUAAAGAAGAAAUGUUUAUUUGUUAACAAGUCAUUUUCCAGGAGGAUCAUUGAAUUAAAAAAGCCAGAAUCUAAUUUAUUAUUGGAUUUCCUGUAUUCCUUGGCAGACAACACGCAUGAUUUACAGCUUAGAGCCAACUGGGAACCCGGCACAGUUGCUGUUUGGGACAAUCGUAGAGUUCAACACUCUGCUGUUAUAGAUUGGGAAGCACCAAUUCGUCGACACGCUUUUAGAAUCACAGCUCAAGGGGAAAGACCGGUCGAGAGUCUGAAACACUUAAACGAUGAGACCUAUUACCCAUCUUCUGUUGGACGUGGCUUAUAA